UACCUUAGGGAAGGUUACUAAAUUUAUCAAUGACAUUUUGAAUAGUUACAACGAUACAUACACCCGUAUAAAUACCAAACUCCUUAGAGAAAAGUACACACUUCAAAGCAUUAUAAUAUAACAAACAACUGUUAAAUGGGAAUUGUUGACAAACUGCGAACACAAUAUGCUUUGCAUCAAGUUCAUAAAUACACUAAGAGGCGCAACUCUCAGACAGACUUUGAGCCAAAAUCAAAGGAUUAUUACAAGGUGCACUAUAGUGAUGGUGUCUAUUUAAAUAUGGAAGCAAACUAUAAUGAUAAUGGUUAUUCAACUAUUUUGGCAUCCAGGCGAUCCUCUUCCUCUUCUUCUUCAUCAAAACGCUCCAUUUUUAUCUUCAUAUCUACUCUUUUAAGAAAGAGAAGUGUUAUUAGUAGAAGUAAUGGUCAUCAGAUGUCAACAGCUCAGAGAACGAUUGAACCUCAAUGUCAUAAACUUUAGAUAAAUAAUCUUGAAGAAGGAGGAUUUGCAACUUCUCAACUUCUCAUAAAAGCUUGCAGUAAAUACGUUCCAUAAUAAUAAUGAUAAAUUGUAUAGUUUUUUAAUACAGAUGAAUAAAUAUUUCACGAUUGACAUCUCAACAAAUCAUUAAAAGGGGGGAAAACCUAUUUCAGCGGCGAACCUAGUUUGAUACGUACACUCCUCAUUUUCUUAUCAGUGAUGGUCUUUUAUACAGCAUUUAAACGCUUACCAAAUCUAUACAGCUUUUAUAAUUCAAAACACGCUGAUUCUUUUGUGUCACUGAUCCCGGUAGUCAGAGCUAGUGAUUUGCUGUAACCAGUUACAUUUAUUAUGCUAUAGCAAGACAGUGGUAAUGGCUAUUUGGUGAU